GCGUAUGUAUAUGUCGUGUUCUUGCAAUUGCUCACAGAUUCAUUCUUCAAUUCAACCAUGGCCGGCUACAACGCCUGCUUUCUCACACUCCUUUAUCUAACUUCAACAACCUUCCAUCUCCUCGCAACUUCCGACGACUUACACACCUACAUCAUACACGUCGAAAUUCCCGGCGCCGGCGCCGGCGACGGCGCCGCCCUAAGCAGCACCCUUGCAGACGACGACCUACCCACCUGGUACCAAAAUUUUCUCCCCAAAACCCCCCUGAGCUCCGCCGAUUCCACCCAAUCCCCGCCCUCCAUCCUCUACUCUUACCGCCACGUCUUCAAAGGCUUCGCCGCCCGCCUCUCCCCCGGCCAGGCCAAGGCCAUGGAAACCGUCCCCGGAUUCAUCUCCGCCGCGCCGGAGAAGAAGCUGCCCCUCCACAGCACCCAUUCCCUCAAUUUCUUAGGUCUGAAUAUCAACACGGCCGUGUGGAACGAUUCCAAUUACGGCCGCGGAAUCAUCAUCGGCCUCCUCGACAGCGGCAUAACUCCCGGCCACCCGUCGUUCAACGACGACGGAAUACCGCCGCCGCCGCCGAGGUGGCGCGGCGCGUGCGAGUUCGCCGCGCCGCAACUGUGCAACAACAAGCUGAUCGGCGCGCGGUCGUACGCCGGCGGCGGCACGCCGGCCGAUGAGAUCGGGCACGGCACGCACACGGCGAGCACCGCCGCCGGAAGCUUCGUCCGGGGGGCUAACGUCUUCGGCAACGGCAACGGCACCGCCGCCGGAGUCGCGCCGAUGGCGCACAUUGCGAGCUAUAAGGUCUGCGACGUGCUCUGCUCCGAGAGCGACAUUCUCGCGGGGAUGGACGCCGCCAUCGGCGACGGCGUCGAUGUCAUUUCCCUGUCCCUCGGCGGACCGGCCCGGAAUUUCUACAGCGAGAGCGUCGCCGUCGGGGCGUUCAGCGCCAUCGAAAAGGGGAUUUUCGUCAGCGCGUCGGCCGGGAACAGUGGCCCAGCGCUCGGCACGGUCGAGAACGGCGCACCGUGGAUACUCACCGUCGGGGCCGGGAAUAUCGACCGGAAGAUAAGAGCAACCGCCGUGCUCGGCAAUAACGAAACAUUUUUCGGCGAAUCGACAUUUCAGCCGGCGAAUUUUCCGGCGACGCAACAUCCUCUGUUUUUCGCGGGAUCGAACUCAACCAACAACAACGCUAGUUUUUGCCUCCCCGGCGCGCUCCGCGCCGUCCCCGGAUUGCGAGGGAAAAUCGUCAUCUGUCUAAUCGGCGGAGGAGUCGGAAGAAUCGCGAAAGGCCGGGAAGUCAAGAAUGCCGGUGGCGCGGGCAUGAUCUUGAUCAACCGGCAGCCGCAGGGCUACACAACAUACUCCGAUUCCCAUGUUCUUCGGGCGACGCAUCUCACCUACGCCGACGGCCAAAAACUUCUAUCGUAUCUCAAUUCAACGUCGGAACCGACAGCCGCUAUCACUUAUCAAGGAACGAUAAUCGGCGACAACCGUGCACCAGAGCUCGCUCAAUUCUCCGGCCGGGGACCGAGCCAAGCAAGCCCCGGAAUCCUAAAACCCGACAUUAUCGGUCCGGGGCACAACAUCCUCGCCGCGUGGCACAUUUCCGUCGAAAACAACACAAACACGACGUCGAACUUCAACAUCAUCUCCGGCACGUCGAUGUCGUGCCCCCACCUUAGCGGCAUUGCGGCGUUGCUAAAGAGCAUACACCCGAAAUGGUCGCCGGCGGCGAUCAAGUCGGCGAUAAUGACGACCGCCACGCAAGUCAACCUCGCCGGGGCUCCAAUCGAGGACGAAACCCGAAGGCCGGCGAAUCUUUUCGGGCUAGGCGCCGGCCAUGUCAACAUUCUGAGGGCUACCAACCCAGGCUUAGUAUACGAUCUCCGCUCGGAGGACUAUAUCCCGUAUCUUUGCGGAUUGGGGUAUACGGACCAACAAGUGGGGAUCGUCGUGAACCGUCCAAUCCGGUGCGCGGAGAUCGCGAGCGUAUCGGAGGAAGAGCUGAAUUACCCGUCGUUCUCGAUCGCUCUCGGGAGCGUCGCACAGACGUAUAAUCGCACCGUCACGAACGUCGGGGAGGCGAAUUCGACGUACACGGUGCGGGUGACGGGGCUGCCGCGCAUGGACGUGGCAGUGGAGCCGACGAGCCUCCGGUUCGUGGCGGCGAACGAGAGGAUAACGUAUCGGGUGUCGUUUAGGCGGGGGGUUAAUGCAACGAGCAACGCCGUGUCGCAAGGGUUUAUUACAUGGAGUUCUUCGACAUUGAAGUAUGUAGUGAGAAGUCCUGUUGUGGUUUUAUUGCGAUGAGAUGAGUAUGGGAGUUUUUCUCCUUCGAUCUUUGAAAUUUUGGUGUACGUAUGAUUACGAUUGGUUUGGUGUGACUACUAUUUAAUAAUCAUUUUAUAUAAGAAUUGAAAUUAUGAUAUAGGAGGAAGCGGCCACCGCUUUGAGUUUGACUCGAGUGAGGUAAGCUAAGGAAUAUCUAUUACUGCCUAUGUUCUCA